AUGGAGCUGAAAGAUCUGACACCUCUGCUGCUGCAGCGCGAAAGAGAGUCGAGUGAUGUGGAUGUCGAGUUGCUGACAAACACUCUCCGUGGUGGCCAUGCUGCCAACCGAGACACAGCCUUUCAAAAUCACACGCAGCGAUACGUGAAGCUCAUCCAGAGCGGUAAAGUGGACAGUGACGCCCAGCAGAUCAUGUACGAUGUUAUUGGCGAGAAGCUCCCGAUCCAAGUACACCGCUCCAUGUUCAACCCGACUUUAGAGAACCAAGCGGACGACGAGCAACAAGCUCAUUGGCUGCCUCUCGCCACGUCGUAUCGGAUCCUUGGAGCCUACGCACAGACGGAAUUGGGUCACGGCUCGAACGUACAAGGUCUAGAGACCACAGCUGUCUACGAUAAGGGGAAACAAGAGUUCGUCAUCAACUCCCCCUCUUUAACGAGUCGCAAAUGGUGGCCUGGAGGGCUAGGAAAGACUGCCACGCAUGCCGUUGUGCACGCACAGCUCCGUAUUGACGGUGUGCACCACGGUGCUCAAGCGUUCAUUGUCCCUCUACGCUCUCUAAAAGACCACAAGCCGCUACCUGGUGUGGAAGUGGGUGAUAUCGGUCCAAAAGUGGGUUUUAAUUCACUCGAUAAUGGGUACGCUGUGUUCCACAGCGUGAGAAUUCCACGACGAAACAUGCUCAUGCGCUUUGCCAAGGUGUUACCAGAUGGAACAUUUAUUAAACCGCCGAGUUCCAAGCUCGUAUACCUCACUAUGACACAAAUUCGCGCGUACUUGAUCCUCAAGCUCGGGCUCGCUCUUGGAGCUGCCACGACCAUCGCCACCCGCUUCAGUGCUGUCCGUGCUCAAGGACGUAAAGUAAGUGAUAAUAACCUCACGUUAACGAGCGAGACCCCGGUGCUGGACUACCAGAACCCGCAACACGCUCUGCUGCCAUUAGUGGCGCUAUCCUACGCAGCCAAUUUCGCUGGACGGUCAAUGGUUGACAUGCACGAUAAAGUGCUAGCUAUGGUCACCAGCGGUCAGAGCGAUUUCGCUACUCAGUCGGCUCAGCUACACGCCAUCUCGUCCGGAUUAAAAGGGUGGCUAGCGGACCGUGUGAACGACGGCAUCGAACACUGUCGUCGUCUCUGUGGAGGCCACGGUUUCUUACAGAGUAGCAAUCUGGCGCAUCUCUUCGCUGAGACUGCGGGAUCCUGCACGUAUGAAGGCACAGCCGACGUGCUAGUUCAACAACACGCUCGCUAUCUGUUGAAGGAGUUAUCGAGCAUUGCCACGGCUCAAAACGAACAGUUCGUAGGCUUUCUAAGUCGCAGCGACUACUACUCGAGCCCGAAGCUACGAUGCAGAGCCAAGAGUUCGGCAGAUCUCGGUAGCUUGAAGGUGCUGAUAGAGGCGUUUGAGGUUCGAGCAGCUCGCUCUAUUCGAAAUCUGUCGCGUGCGAUGAAGAAGUCAAACGACAACGCGAAUGCGUGUAUGGUACUGAUGACUGCAGCGUCGACGCAUCACACGGAGUUGUUGCUGCUUAAGUGGUUUAUCGCGGGAGCUGCAUUGUUGCCCGUGGGGACGACAAAGAAUGCCGUGACGCAGUUGUGUCAGCUUUUUGGUGUUUGGCUUCUGGUCAAUGGCCUUGGCAACUUCCGUCAUGACGGCUACUUCUCAAGUGCGCAAGCAGAUAUGGCGCAUCAUCAACUGGCAGCGAUGUUGCCGCUAGUUCGCCAGAAUGUUGUGCGAUUGACAGAUGGCUGGAACUUUAGUGACUUCGAGCUCAACUCGACACUUGGUUGCUUCGAUGGAGACAUCUACCGCUCUUCCCCGGAUGGAUACGACAAAUAUCUUCGUCCACUCAUCCAGUCUUCGCUCUAA